AUGGAUCGAUCAUGUCUGUCAAAUAAGCACCUGCCGUCUACAACACCAAAUCCUCUGGCGACAACGAUCAACCCAGUGGAAGAUCUAGCGAACGGCCAGAAAGAAAACCUGGCUCAAGAACAUCGAGGAAGAUCUGAGGAGUCGCCGUCUCAACCUCAGCGAUGCCAGGAAGGAACCACCAACCACCAACCGCCGGAAUUGGAAGCAUCUACUUACACAACGUCCCGAGUCCUGCGGCGCCCACAGCAGCGUAUUUGUUUCUGGGUCAGCCCCCUCCACACGCCGCCACCAAGGGACCAGGAGAAGAAGAAAUGGCUAGGGCGGCUAUUCAGUGGCGUGAACUGGAGGCCGCCGCCGCCGCCUGCGCCGAGCGAUGGCCGCCGGCGCGGAGCCCCCGCGGGCGCUGUAGCCGCGGGCCAUGCCGCCGCCCCGCGCCCGCGCGCCCCGCCCUCGCCGCCCGCGCCGCCCUCGCCGCCCUCGUCGCCCUCGCGGGCGAUGGACGCCAUGAGCGCCGCCCCCGCCAGCAAGGUCAUCCGCGCCCCGUCGCUAAAGCGCGGCAAGAGCGACGAGACGCGCAUUGGAGACCGGGUGAAACUCGAGCGGGUGAUUGGUCUGACAGUUACCAGCAAUGCGGCGCUCGACUGUGACCCCAACUCUGAAGUGGUGGCCUACCCCGCUGGGUGCACCGUGGUGCUGUUCAACCCGCGCAAAGGCCGCCAGCACCACCUGCUCAACAGCUCAAGGAAGACCAUCACGAGCGUGGCGUUCUCGGCGGACGGGCGUUACCUGGCGACGGGCGAAUGCGGCCACCUGCCGUCGGUGCGCGUGUGGGACCUGGCGCCCUCCGCCGCCGAACCCGGCUCCCCGGCCGCGGCGUCCGCGGCGCAGCAGGUGGCGGAGUUCGCGGGCCACAAGUACGGCAUCAACUGCGUGGCCUUUUCUCCAAGCCACAAAUAUGUUGUAUCAGUGGGAUCUCAACACGACAUGAUCGUGAAUGUGUGGGAUUGGCGUGCCAAUAUAAAAGUUGCUUCCAACAAGGUGUCUACAAAAGUCAAAGCAGUGUCGUUUGCAGAAAGUGGCAAUUAUUUUGUAACUGUUGGAAAUAGACAUGUUAAGUUCUGGUACCUUGAGUAUUCCCGCUCUGCAAAGUACAAAGAUACAGUGCCUCUUAUGGGCCGAUCAGCUAUUUUAGGAGAGCAACGCAAUAAUUAUUUCUGUGAUGUAGCAUGUGGUCGAGGUGACAAGAGAGACUCAACAUAUGCCAUCACAAAGUCGGGUUUGCUUUGUGAAUUUAACAAUAGGAGGCUACUUGACAAUCACAUGGCUACACAUCCUCCAAAUGCAAAAUAUCCUGAUGCUGUAGCAUUGGCAUAUGAUCCAGAAUUGCUCAAGGUUCUCUAUGUAGACCCUGAGUUGACUUAUCUAAAGGACCUGGACUUGUCUGCAGCUGGAUACAUAGUUUACGUGAUCUUCAGGAAAUUUGUAGAAUAGAAGCUCACGAUGCUGAGGUACUGUGCCUUGAAUACAGUCGACCAGAGAGUGGGAAAAGACUGUUAGCGUCAGCCUCGCGAGAUCGCCUUAUUCAUGUUUUCUCUGUUGAUGAAGACUAUAAUUUUCAACAAACUCUUGAUGAUCAUUCUUCUUCCAUUACGGCAGUGCGGUUUCUUCAUGCUCAUGAGCAACUUCAAAUGGUAUCUUGUGGAGCUGAUAAAUCUAUAAUAUUUCGGCAACUUCAGAUGACUCCAGGAGGCAGUCAAAGUCAAUUUUCUCGAGGACAUAAUGUUGCGGGAAAAACAACUCUGUAUGAUAUGGAAGUAGACUCUGGUCAGAAGCAUAUUCUUACGGCAUGUCAAGACCGUAAUAUUCGUGUUUAUAAUGUAAAUAGUGGAAAACAUAGUAAAACAUUCAAAGGAUCUGUUGGUGAAGAUGGCUCCCUUAUCAAGGUGGUUCUUGACAACAGUGGUAUUUAUGCAGCAACUAGUUGUACUGACAAAACUCUGUGUGUAUAUGAUUACUAUUCCGGAGAAUGUAUGGCCACGAUGUUUGGUCAUUCUGAAUUAGUAACUGGAUUACGUUUUACCAAUGACUGCAGGAGGCUCAUUUCAGCAUCUGGUGAUGGAUGCAUUUUUGUGUGGAAAGUGCCUCAUGACAUGGUAAUAACCAUGCAUGCACGAUUAUCUCAGCAAGCUGCAAGAGCUGGACGCCGACCUGUUGUCAUCCCUAAUGGACUUCAUUUGGAUAAUGAAACAUUUGGUCCUCCUCCUUCAGAAAUGUUGGAUCCCAAUGCCAAUAGUAUGUUGGAUGCUGCAGGAACAGAUUAUCGUUUUACAAUGGGUCCAUUACCACUCUGGGCAAAAAAACAAAUGACAGAGAACAGUACUAGUGUGCCUCCUCACCCUCUGUCCAGUCGACAGCAGCUUGACCCACCCCGAGGUCGAUGGGCUCAAAGGCUAGAUGCCGGAGGCAUAACUGUCAAAUCUGUGUAUGACAGUGAUAGUAUAAUACCAAUUCCCCUAACUCAGGAUAAGAGAACUGAUUCAGAAGGUUCAAAAGACAGCUCUAUUGAUAGUGGCACAGAACUGAGAUCUCAUUAUACUGAUUUCCGCCAAGAAACAAUUAUUGUUUCUAAGCAGAUUUCAUGUGGAAAGCUGUCAGUGAGUCGAAGCAGUGAAGUUGGUGAAAUGUCCCGAAACAGACAUCUCACUGAUGACAGCAGCAUUGGAAGUUACAAGUACGAGGACAUGGAAAGCACAGAGCAUGAUGGAGAUGUAGAAGAUUAUUCAGAAGGAGAAGGAGAAUCUACAGAACCUGAACAAAUCCAGAGGCUUAUUUAUUAUCCUCCUGCCGAAGAAACAGGAAGUGAUUACACUGUCAAUGCAAUGGAUGUGGAAGAACUUCGUCGGUCACAACGGCGGCAUAAGAAAGGUCAUGUAUCAGAACGAUUAUUAGAUGUUGUAUCAGUUUCUGCUUCUGUAUCAGGAAGUCAAGACAGUGAUGAUGAUGAUGAAGAUGGUUCGACACCUAGUGCUGAUACAGCCGAUCGUACUAUAUUGUCAAUGCUUUCAGUGAGUACUGAAAGUCUUGAUCGUGUGGGAAAGAGAGAGAAAUAUUUAAAAAACACUUUUGAAUCUCUUAGUGGUGCAGAACAAGAUGUGGAACGAGGAAGCAAAGAUGCUGGUGGUACAAGUAUUUCUUCUCAAUUUUUAGUGCGCGCUAGUUUAGGAAGCUCGCCCUUAUCAAAGCCUCCUGUUCGUAAUGUUGCUGUGAUUAAUGCAGCAAAACAAGCACGUUCAGAUAAUGAAACUUCUAAAAAACGAGAAGAAUUGCAAAGGCGAAUUGAAGAGACGAGGAGGAAACUUCAAAGUGUUGGUUACCGGUCAAAUCUCAAAGGAAGUCAAAGUAUUUCUGAUCUUAGUCACAUUCCUGAGAAGGAUGGACGUAAUGGUUUACGAGCAGCCACUUCUAACCAUGCCCAUCGCUAUACAUCUGCUGGAGACAGUGAUGAUGGGGAAGAUGGCUCUGGCAGUCUGCGGAGAUCGUGUUCGCUGAGUGACCUAGCCAAUCCCACUCCCCGGAGAAUCUUGCAUGCUUCCCAUGUGCAAGUUUCAGGAAAAGUUGGAAAUAAAGGAAACAAUGCAACACGCACAUUACCUCGGCAUAGUUCAAAACAAUCUCUAGCUGUAAAUUCAAACAUGACUCGAAGUACAUCUAUGGGCAUGCUUAAUCAGAGUGAUUCAGAGAGUGAUUUAAGUUUACAAAGACCCAAUGGUAAUGCUGGAAAUAUGUCCUCACGAAUGAAUGGAUUGAUGCGACCCACCAUUAGCUCUCAAAACAAAAUAAAUAAUCAAGUCCAUAAUAAGAAUACCACGAAUGGAUCGCAGGCUCGCCGGCGAGGUCUGCAACCAGCAUACUCCUCUGUAAACCUCAGCCAAGUGGGCAAUGAGGAUUCCAGUUCUGAAGAAACAUCGGGUGUAACUGGUAAGGCUAACAUGCGGCCUCGAAGUACAAGUAUUGACAGAACAAAUGGAUGUGCUCCAUCAAGCCUCCCAACAAAUUCUGGUCAACCGCAAGCUCCACCUAGACGUGGUGCAAGUUCUUCUCUUCAUGGUCGGUAUGGUAGUGAAAGAGAUCUGAGCCGAUCUGCAAGAGAAGUUACUCAACGACUGACUGCUGGAGGAAGAGCUACAUCUGCUGGCAGCAAGCCCAUUCCUCCAGCUCGUCAUCAUCAGUUGGAACCAAGCCCUCAAGAGCUACCUGUCAAAGAUACAGACAGGCCCAUCAUAGAUGUUGCAAGUGCUCCCUUGUCACAGCAGUUGUGUUCUUCUCUGGCUGACCAGUUAACACGUGCUGCAGACAGUGUGGUGCAAUUGUACAAGCGUUUAGCCCUUGAAGGGGAACAACAGGUGGACCAAAGUGCAAUGCUAAGAGGACUGGAGGAGGCAGCUAGUGAAGCUCAGCGCACACUUAGAUUAGUAGCCACAAAUUCAGGACAGUUCUGUGACACAAGUCAGCCAGAUCCCCAAUUGGCGAGUAAAUUACAAGAUUUAAUGGCUGUUGGUCAAGCAGCUGUGCCUGGUGAUCAGGCUAAUGUUAUGUCAAUGAUGCAACAAUAUACUGAUGUUCUCAUUAAUUUGGUGCAGCAGCGAAUGGGCUCUGGACCUCAGAACCCCAGUUAAGGAUUACUGCCCAUACAGUGAAAGGUAUCCUAAAUUUUAAAAUUAUGUAUCAGAAAUGAGAGAUUUUGAUUUCACUAAUAUUCCCUUUUACCACAGUCACAUUUGAAAGGAUACAUUGUUGUAAAAUUAUCAAACUAAUAGAUCACAGAAACUGUUACAGCAUAUUUCUGCUAACCUCGUUAAUAAAAAGCCAAACUAAUUUAAUCAGUUAUAGUAAUUGAUGUAUCUUUCUACAUUCUUAUAAAGAAUAAUUCAAUCUGCUUAUAAAUCCGAAGUGAAAUUGUGUGUGAUGAAUUCAAAUUCUUCAUAGACAGAAGAUGAAAUGUAUAGAGUGAAGGUAUCAGUUGUCUUUAUCAUAGACACUAUGUACUCUCUUCUUGAUGACAUUAUGUACUCUCUUCUUGAAUAAUGUAAUAGUGAAAAAUGAUGUUGAUGUUGAAAAAUACACAUUAAUGAGAAAAAAACAUUGAAUGAUUGUAAAUCAUGACCAAUACCAUGUUCCUGAUAGAUUUGAUUUUGAUUUGGUUUUAUGAUGGUUUGCACAGAAUUACAACUUUCCAAUCUAGGAAUGAUAUUGAUUUUGUAACAGUGAUAUUUGUAUUUUUAUCAUCGCAUUUUAUGUAUUGUUAAUUUUAAGCUAUGUUUAUCAAAUUAAGCAAAAUUUUUGAAAACAAUACUGUAUCAGAACCUGUUUCAUGUACUAGUCAAUUUACAUUAGUGAAUUUGUGUUUAAAAAAAUGUAUAACCCAAAGCAUUAAUCUCUAAGAAUUGCAUUUUAAAAGUCAUUUGAUUAAUUUUUUUGUUAUUCCAUGUGAUGUAAAAUUUAUGUGCCCUUUGGAAAUCAUAAUUAUGAAUAAUGUACUUGCAAAAAAUUACCAGAAUAUCAAAGAUGUAAACCAACAGUUUAGGUUCCAUAUACUGUAAAACUAGUUGAUUAUUGCUCUUCAUAACAGUUUUCAUAAACCAGUGUUUUGAUUGAUGCCAAAAUCUCUCAUAUGAUACAAAAAAGUUGAUACACUCCUGCAUAUAAGUAAAUCCAUUGUUAAGUAUGCCAAUUUGUUGUAAUUGUGUAAUGUUCAGUGAAGCAUGUUGUCAUCUAUGAAUAGAAGAAUUCAUGUUGCAUCACCACUUGUUUAUAAUUUUCUUCAACUGGGAACCGGUGUUAUUGUGCCUGUUCAAAAUUCCUGAAUUUAAACACACUACUACAAAAAAAUCAUGGACAGCCUAUGGAAAUACUAACUGAGCAAGAAUUUGAAGAUAGAAGACAAUUUGGAAACAAGUGAAUUUUUAAAAGCUACAGAGUGAAUGUUCAAAUGAAAGAGCAUUGAAUUUGAAUCUCAAACUUAAAUAUCAUUCCAGUGUGUUUUUCAAUAUUUUAUAUAAUUUUUAAAUUAAUACUUCAUCUUAUUUUAAAAGUAUUACUUGUUUACCUUUGUGGUGUAUAUUUCUUUGUUGAUCCCCUAAUUUGUUGUACAUAAUAACUAGUUAAUUUAGGUGUACAAAUUUUAUGUAAUUAUUAAUAUUUUUUCUCUUUGACAUUACAAACCUAAUGAAGAGUUCUCCUGGAUUGUCUACAGUGAAGAGUAUAAGCAUGUGCAAGAACAUUGUUCCAUGAACAUUGAGUAAUUCUCAAAUGUUAGUUUAUGUAAUACUUGUGUGAAAACAUAAUGGACUAUUAUGUAAGUUCCACUUGUGAAACCGAAGUAACUGUGAUAUUUAUUAAAUGAAAGUUAGUGUAUUCUGCGUAAAAUGAGUGUCAUGGUCACUACCAGAGCUACAGUUUGUUUGUUGGCAGUAGUUUAGUCAAAAAAACAAAACAAGAAAAAAAAAAAUAGUUGUAUUGGAGUGAAUAGUCAUUACAAAGAUGUCUUCAUUAUAAAUUGCAAGUAAUUGUAGGUUCCAAUUUGGAUAACCCAGGAGGACUCAAUACUGCAAAAUAGACUGUAUUACUGGAUCCUUCCAUUUAUGAUAACAGGCUUGUCUGAAGUAAAUUUGUUACAAACUCAAUCCCCAAAAUUUUAUUGACAUAAUAUCCCUCAGAAAGAAUCCUUUAUAAAUGUCGGUCCUUAUAUCCGGUGUGUAUAUUCAAAUUUAUUCAAUACUAGCUUGUUUGUUUUUUCUCGUUUCACUUUCUUUUUUCAUUUCUUCUUCUUUUGUUUUCUCUCCCAACUUAAUUCUAGGAAUUGUAUUUAUUUACAUACAGUUGUCAAUAUCCUAAUAGAAAUGAUAUGAUAUAUUAAUUUCAAUUAAAAAACACAACAGGCUACCAAAGCACAUUCUACUUUCUUGUAUUAUUGGUAUCAGUUACACAACAACAACAACAACAACAACAACAAUAAUAAUAAUAAUAAUUAUUAUUAUUAUUAUUAUUUUGUGAUUUCUGUUCUACUAAUACUUCAGACAUUAAUAUUACCAUAUAUCUGAACAAACUGAGUGUUUUCAAAUGAUAAUUACAUUGACAGCCAUGAAUAAUUACUAUUUUUUUCCAUGUACAAAACACAAAUUUGUUUAAAUCACAAUAAUCCAUAUCUGUAGAAUGUUAUACGGACAAGUAAAGAGUUUUUGUUUCAUUUCCGUUACACAUCUCUUGGUCCUUCUUAGUCAUUGAAUGUGUAUAUUAUAUUCCUGGAGCCAGGGGCUCCACGCCAUUAGUAACAGGGUUUCCC